GAGACAGUAUAAAAGCAAGUAAAUUGAACUUGGAAGUCAUCAGUUAUUUUUUCGCAACGAAAGUAAAAAUAGUGGACGUAAGAAAAUGAAAGUUCCCAAUAGCCUAAAUACGGAUUUUUUCACCAAAGUCGUUAAGAAUGGAUACAAUUUGGUGGAUUUUACAAUUGGUGACGUGAAGGUGGAAAUUGGGACAUCUGCCGGUGAUAACUACUGCAGUACGAUCUAUCGUGUCUUCCUGGAUGUGAUUGAUAGUCAGCAAAAUGUUGAAAAAAUCCAAUUUUUAAUCAAACACGAACUAAACAAUGAAACAAGUGGGGAAUUGUUGGAUAAGAUGGAGGUUUUUGGAAAAGAAGUUGACAUGUUUAAAAAUAUAGUGCCAAGGUUGUCUAAAAUAACUGGUGGAGUGCAAUUUGCUGCAAGGUUCUACUAUACGUUGUCUGAACCAAAAUCCAAAUUAAUCGUCUUGCAAGACCUAAAAGAACUUAACUUCCGCAUGGCUGAUCGACAGAAUGCCCUCGACUAUGAACACUGUUGCAUAACCCUGGAUAAAUUGGGUCAAAUGCACGCAGCAUCGAUGGUUUUGGCUAAAGAAAAUCCCUCAUUGAUGGAUAAAUAUAAUUUUGGAAUUUAUCACGGAUCCGUUGGAACGACGGGUUUCAUUGAACAACUCCUAGGAGCGAAUUUCCCAACUCUGUGUGAUGCUGUCCGGAAUUGGGAUGGUUUUGAGAAGAUUUCUGAGAAAUUGGACAAGAUGAAGGAUAAUUUCUGGGCAAUUGUAUACGAAGCUGCUUCAGAUAAAAACGACGGGUACAGAGUUUUAAUUCACGGAGAUUUUUGGAUUAAUAAUUUUCUCUUCAAGUACGACGAGACAACUGGAAAACCCAUUGACACACUCUUUGUUGACCUCACAUAUUCUCACUACACAUCACCAGCAAAUGAUGUUCAGUAUUUCCUCAAUACAAGCCCAAAGAAUGAGAUUCGUGAAAGUCGCCGAGAAGAUCUUCUUCGUGUAUAUUAUGCCUCAUUUGAGCGAACACUGCGCGAUCUCAAUCAUCGCGUAAUACCAACAUUUGAUGAUCUUCUCGUGGAAGUGAGAAAGAAGGAAAUGUUUGGAUUUAUAACAGCCGUCUUCAUCCUCCCUAUUGUCCUUAUGGAAAGCCAAUCAUCUCAUGGAAGUGGCAUUGAUGGCUUAGUUGAUCCUGAUGCAGCUAAAGACAUGACACGAAUAAUGAUCUCAGGGAAACGCUACACAGAAGCUAUAAAAUUAAUUUUGAGACGUUGUGACAAAAUGAAACUCUUUGACUUUGAGUAAUUUUUGCUUUUGUCUUGUGCCAGAAUACAAAGAAUUAAUUGUGUGGAGCAUAAAAAAAAUUAACGAUACAUAAUCUGCAGUAAAAUCACGUGAUAGAGAACUAAAUCUUUUUUUGGACAUUAUAGUCAAUCUUUUUAGCUCCAAAGAAUUCAAAGAGCUCAUUGUCGGGAAGAAAAAAUCUUCGCAAAAGUAAUAAAACAUACACGCCAAACAAAAAACUUCUUUACUGAAUGAUAGUUCAGGGCCGCAGACAAUAUUUACAAACAAACUCCAACACUGCUACAAAAUUAACUUAUUGCAAGAUCAUGGCGAAACUUAUUGGAUUCCAAAUGCUUCUGUUGAGAUCAAACGUUUCAAAGUCUAAUGGCUCAUGUGAAAUAAAUCUCUAUAUUGUGAGAGUGUAGAGAAGUAAUUUUGAGAAUUGAGAGUAUAGGGAAGUAGCAAUUCAUUGCGAUUGUUUUUUUUAAAUGAUUUAUCAGUAUUAUCAUUUAACACGUUGAACGCUAUUUUAUUCUCAAAUGCUUUUUAAAUGAACAAUUUAAUUAUAAUAAGAAAAAUCUUAAGAUCUUAAAGAAAUCAUAUUAACAUAAGUUAGAAAUAUUCUCUUUCCAAUCUAUAAAUAAAUUAUUAUGUAAGUUAUUAUUCUUGUAUUUAAAAUAAAUUAUAAUAAAACAACUAUGAGAAAUAUA